AUGUUCUCGUUCCAGGGCGGUGUUUCAGCGUGUGGCAUGAUAUCGCAGCAAUUAUCACCACCGUCGUUUAAGAUGGUGGAUCGCGUCAACGAUUCGGAUGUUUCACACAGGGAGUGGCUUAUGUGGAAGGCCACUCAAGUGCAUGGAAACCAACCAUCUUUAGAGGAUGAGGAAGGUUCUCCUAAAAGGCUUCUUCAUCGACGAGACACAUCGGAAAGCGAUUGGUGGCAUUUGCGCCGAGAACAACAGGGGACGACCCCGAGUGACGCCCGCUUGCCUGAAGUGGAGGAGUCGCUUGCGGAAGGACGCCGUUUCCAUAAGCUGGGACAUCAUGAAAAGCAACUAUUUUCAUUGGAUACGGAUGACAAUAGGCUUUGUAGAGAAGUUCCCAAUACUUGCGAGAUCCCGAACCCCCCGGUUCGACCCCUUCGUCACCCAAACACGUAUGAUCUUCAACCCAACUCUAGUCCAUUUCAUGACCCCGAAUUCAAUCGUUUGGAUUAUUCUUUACACCAACCGGAUACAAAACGCCCGGAAACCAAUCGCUUAGAAAGUAGCAAUGACAGCGGUGCUUACUACAGAGAUUCUAGGAUUGGAGUGAACCAGACGGACAGAAACCCCAACUAUAAAUUUGCCCCCCCCAGCAACAUCCCCUCUGAGGGCAUCGGUCCCUCUGGCAUCGGCCCCUCCAGCAAUCCCUCGCGCAAUCCUUUCACUGGUCCCUCUCCUGGUCCCUCCAGCAAUCCUUCUGGCGAUCUCGGAAUAAAUGCCGGGUUCUACUUUAUCAAAACACCUCCCAAUUGCCCUGCUAGUUAUUUGGCAGGACCUUCUCCCAUGACUGAACAUACUCCGAUCCCUGAGCAUGCUCUUUAUCCGGCUCCUGGGCCGCCCGAGAUACCCAAUAGUAGUUCCAUAGACUUCAGGCAGGAAGGAGAUGCAUCUCGUUUGUGCUUCGAAGAUCAAAAAUCCCAAUCGAGUAAUGGUAUCAAAUUAACCUUGCCGCUUCGGUCUCGGCAGUUAAAGCCGGAUUCUUACAUAAUACAAAACAGCUUGGACAAACGGAACAAGAUCGAUGGUCCCACUGUGUGUCCUGUACGUCCAAACUCCUCUGGCUCCACUGAACAUAUACCUACUGAACGUAUACCUACUGGUCGUAUACCUACUGAACGCAUUGCAACUGAACCUUUACGCGCUACCGAUCAUAGUUCUCACUGCAUGGAAUAUCCUUCAACAAAGUAUACUCGGUCCCCCCUGCAACUGCACCCGAAUAAUCGAGAUCCUUAUCCCUCUUCCGACCAGCAUCCCGUUUCUUCGGACAAUCAUCUCUCAGACAACCAUCUCUCGGACCAGCGUUCUUCCGACCAGCGUUCGUCAAAUCAUCAGGCGUCAUUGUCGGACCAGCUCUCUGGGUAUCGUCCUGAAGAUGUUCGUUCUUCCGCUAACAACGACGGAUACCAACUGCGUCCUGGGGUUGCUGGUUCAAGUGACGAAGAUGGCGACCGUCCAAAACCCCCUGUCUUCACCAAGACCCGCUCGACUGAGGCGGAUCAGCGUCUGAGCAACGUACCUACACAGCUCAGUAACGUUCCCACUGACCAGACGCAACGAGUCACUGGCGAUCGACGUCGUCCCGGCUACUCGGACUACUCUGACAUGGAUAAUCAAAAGAGCACCUCGCAGUCCGACUUCAGGUCCGACUUCAAGUCAUCGGACAAGGUCUCCGACCCCAACCAGGUCUCUAACUACAACCAGUUGCCUACUGGGAAUCGAUCGCUACACUCAAUCGCGUCCAAGACAAGCCACUCCACUUUGCCAAACAACGCUCCAGUCGGAUCAACUGGAGCAACCGCAGCGUUGGGGAGAGACGACAUCCCGACAGGAUACGACCAACACUCAAUCGACUGUGCACGUUCCCACGCACAGCCGGGCCCGGCCCCUGCUCAAAACCCCUACCGGUCUUUGGCUCCCUCAUCAGGACGCUCGGCUUCCGACCGCUCGGCGUCCGACCGUCUAUUUUCGGACCGUCCAGUUUCCGACCGUCCCGUUUCAACAGGUCCGUUGAGAGAUGACCGACAGAAAACCGGGUCUAUCACCCUCGGCAACAUGCCUGACGGCGGGCCGGCGUACGACGCGUCCCUCAACGUCGCUUUCAGUGCCGCUGACGGUUGCUCCCAAAGACCCGGCCGUUACACCUCUUCCUCAGGGCCCUUACCGCAGAGCCAAGCCAACACCUCCUCUCCUGCACCCACCUCCACGUGUCCCUUCUCCUCACCGCCUCUAUCCCGCUUCGACCGCCACGUGCCAACCAGACUGGAUGCGCGGCUGCCACACACGACCGCGACUGCGGCACACUCCUCGGCACACGAGGCUUGCAACGUCCGCGCGAGUCACCUCAAAGGUUCCUACGUCCAAGGGACCUACCCUCAAGGACCCUACCCCCAAGGUUCCUGCCCCCAAGGUUCCUACCGCCAAGGGACCUACCACCAGAGUCCGUACCUGCAAGGUGCGUACCUGCAAGGUCCUUACGUUUCUUUACAGAGUGUCACUGCUCCCACCAUGACCUGUCCUACCAUGACCUGUCCCACCCCGUCCUGUCCUAUCCCGGCCUGUGUUAACGCGACCGGUGGUCUUGGUGGCCCGCCUCAUAACCACUUGGGUCGGGUUCCGCGAGAGGAGGACUGCACUGGACACGGGCGAAGUCGGUCGCAGGAGUACUGCCCCCCGUCGAUGGCAGAGACGCGGCCGCGGAACCGGAGUAGCAGUCCGCCGCGGUCGAGUGUGCCGCGGGUCGGGUCGCCGCCGGCAAUGUCGCGUGUGGAGACGGAGGGUCCGACCAAGCCACUGGACACAGAGUACUGUCGGGCCCUCCUGGACGGGAAUGACUUUGACCCCGGACUGCUCAGCAAUCCGAGCGCCAGCUACUCUACCGGCCGGGCCCCUGGCAGCCGGGCGCCCUGCAGCAGCGACAAGUCCCUCGCCACAGGCUCCAGGGACCACUACUGCGCAAAGUAUCACCGCUCCCACGCCCCACACGGAACCUGCGCCGGCCACUCUUUCGCCACCGCCGGAGUUCCCGCCUCUUGCGGAGCCCCCCUCCCCGUCUCAGGUGCAGUCCCCGGCCCUCGGCCUGGCAGCCGGGGGCCCGGCAGCGACCACACUGCGUACCACAGCUGCUCCGCGGCCCCCCGGACCUCGUCCACUAUGGAAGCAGGGGCCCCCUGGACCGCAAGUCGAGCGUCUGCUCAGCAGGACAUGGAAAUGCCCAGCGCUGUCCCUCGCGACUUGGGCUCCUGCCACAUGAACGUCGAUACCGACUCCGGGAACGUCGACCACCCGCACUCUCUGAUCAAAACCGAGCAAGUCGUCAUUGAGAAAGGCGACGCUCGAACGAGGAUGCGCCUCUCAAUAUACGGUUCGAGCGAUCCGCCCGCUCUCCCAGACCGAUCUGAUACCCAUGGUCGACGGGACCAACACGGUCCAACUGCCCUCUCCGACGAUAGCUUUUGUCGUGGCUCGGAGAACUGCGGAGGAAAGCAACUCGACGCCGGUUCUAAGCUCAGCGCCGGUUCUCAACACAGCGCCGGUUCGAAUCCCAACGCCGGAUCGAAUCCCUGCGCCGGAUCGAAUCCCUGCGCCGGAUCAGACCCCAGCGCCGGUUCGCAACCCAGCGCCGGUUCGAAUCCCAGCGCCGGUUCACAGCCGCCGAUGAGAGGCCUGCCUCUGCGGUUUCCGGACCCCAACUUUCGAACGGACCCUUUUGCGGGUACUGACCCUUUUGCAACGACGCGGGUUGCCGCCGAGCGGGCCUUGCCCCAGGGCGGGGUGUGUCACACCGCCACAGUCGGCCAGAGUGUGCACGCCCACCAUAUCACCAAUCCGGCUUCCAACGAAGUGCCGGCCAGUGAGUGCCGAGCGACGCCGUCCAUUACACGACGCGACCCGGCAGUCGAUCGUCAAGCAGUCGAUCGCCAAGCAGUCGAUCGUCAAGCAGUCGAUCGUGAGGCAGCCGACCCAACGCGUGGGAUAGCGGGGUUGGGCACUCGUUCGCUGAGAGAUUCUGGCUUGACCGCGAGUUUUGGCAAGGAAAGCGAGGACCAAACAAAUCCAGCACGGCUUCGUUCCCGAGGAGGUCGGUGUUCGGCUGCUACCGGGGGGAAGAACUUGCAAAAAAAUGACACCCAGAGGAAGAGCUCUCGAUGCCGCUCACGCCCGCUAGGGGAGAGUCUGUCGAUUUCUCCCCGUGGCAUUUACCCAUUAUUCGUGGCUAGCUUCUCAGGAAAAAAGAUGACGUCUGGGCAGGUGGAGCCUACGGAGCCUGCGGAGCCGGUGGCGCGUGGGGAGUGUUCGACUGGUGUUAUGGACGGCCGGGAGCGUCCGACGGGGGAGGUGGUGGCGCGAGUGUUAAAGGACAAUGACGCCUUUGUCUUCGACAUGGAUGGCGUGCUAUGGCGUGGUGGGGCCGUCAUCGAGGGCGCGCCUGAGGCUGUGCAGUACUUGAUAGCGCGUGGCAAGAAGAUAUUCUUCUGUACGAACAAUAGCAGUCUCACUCGAAGUCAGUUCGUAACGAAGUUGCGCAAGAUGGGCUUCGGAGAUUUCGAAGUCGACCAAAUCAUGUGCACCGCCUGGGCCGCAGGGGAACUGAUUGCGCAACGGGCCGUGAAAGGCAAGGUCCUGGUCCUAGGCUCCUCGGGACUGGCACGGACCAUCUCUCAAGUUCCAGGCUGCAAGGUCGUCAGUCUUGUCAACAACACCAUUCCACAGUCCCAAUUCAAAACCGAGAUCGACCCCGACAUCAAGGCCGUCGUCUGCGGCUUCGACGCUGAGUCGUCUUACUACCGCACCGCCUACGCCACCUGCGUCUUACGCGAG